CGCCCUUGAAGGUGCGUGGUUUCUGGGUCAUGUAAACAAAAACAUCUUUUCGACGUCUUUAAAGUAUUUGUUAGUUAAUAAUACUAUUUACUGACAAACAUUUAUGCUCUUGUGUACACAAACAAGAUCAUGAGUUCUUCACCAGACAACAAACAGUCAGGAUUUGCUUUAAAUGGAGUCAGUACCUCCUUUAAGAACAAGAGCUCCGAUGUGUUUUCUUGUCUCAACGCGUUAGAAGAUAAACACCAUGCAUAUGAAAAGCACAGAAGGAGAUCAGACAGGGCAGAGGACGAUAAAUUGUUGAAAUCGGAACCCGUGGUGGUGGAAGAGCUGAGGAGACCAUUCAAACGACCAGCGCCUCCCCGAAGAUUUCCUGUGCCAGCUAAACGGAGGGGCAAUAGAAACAUUCCAGAUUAUCGCAUUCACCCAGAGAAAUGGACACGAUAUGACUUGGAUGUCCCGGAGAGUCAGUUGUCCGAAGCCAGCAAUACGAGUGCAGCUCUGUCUUUUCUUGAGGAGCGACGAAAAUUAAGAGAAAGUUCAGCUAAAGAUUCAGUCAGUGAUGAAGAUUAUCCUGGGGCAUCUAAGGUUCCAGUCUUCAAAAAACCAGCACCAUCACAUUUGUCUGAUGAUACUUCUCACACUUUUUCAUCUAAACCCGAGUUUCGAGGAGGCAAAGUUGUCAUGCCUGAGUAUGUGAUAGGAGAGAAGCCGAAACCAAAGACAAAACUUAAACAAAUGGAUGCUGCUAAACCAGCAGCAUCAGCUACACUUCAUUUAGAACACUUAGAAGAUUCAGACAAGUCCAUCACAGAAGAAUCCAGACCAGAUAGCACAAAGUUUAAAAGUCGAAAACAAGGCAAAAGAUCAAUAAGAAGUAGGCAGCAUGACGACAGUGAUUAAAAACUUGUUAUCGUGUGUUACAUAUGUCUGUGAUACAAAUUACACCCGAGAUUGACUAGAUUACACUUCAGUUUUCAAACACAUCAUGAGGAUUAUGAAAAAGUAUCUUCCAUUUUACUGAUUGAUGUGCCCUUCAGUAAAUAAAUUUUGAUCCCUUCAUAGAGGACAUUCAAGGUGUUGUAAUGUGCUCUGUGUAAUAGACACGAGCUUGGAAUCUGAAUAUUGGCACCAACACCUAUUGGCCAGAAGUUCAGGUGUGCCUGAAGGACUGAAUUAAAAACAAUGGAAUUAUGUGAUUUUGCAAGUCAUGCCUUGUGUAAACUUGAUU